AUGACAAAUCGCUCGCCCACCAAUUCAAAAGAGAAUUCGAAAAAAUCAUCCAGCAAUCGUAGUGUUGCAACAACAACAUCCUCUCCUCGUACGAGUGCGAGUACAAUAACAACUACAACAACAACUACAACCAAUACUACUACUACUACUACUACUCCUUCUUCACACCCAGUAUCAAUACAUAGAAGUACUCUAUGGUUCAGUGCUCUUCGAUAUAUGGCCAUCACAUUCCCAAUCAUUUUACUUUUCUAUGGAAUGAUUCUUUAUAAUAUUUAUAGUCAAAUACCACCCAACGAUAUAGAUCCAUAUUAUGAUGAUAUUCGUUGUACUAGUAGUAACAAGAGUGGUAUCGAUGUCAUCGACUCAACAACUUUGUUAUCUUUUACUCGUCAAUAUUCAAUAGUAUCACCACCACCACCAUCAUCACUGAAUGAAAAUCAUAAUACGACAUCUUUAAAUCAUCAAUCUAAUCCUAGUAAUAGUAGUAGUAGUACCAAUACUACUUGUACUUCAACGAAUAACACUACCAUCAUCAUUAUGGAUCAUUCUCAAAGAUUUCAAUCUCAUGGUUCAUCCUCUCAUUGGAUCUAUGAAAGAAUCAAAUAUCAACAUUCAUCACAAAAUCAUUCUCCUAAAUACAAUGGUAUUAUUGUAUUUGUACAUAAUUUUGGAUCUCAUUCGGAAUUCAUGGUUGAUGAUCGUUUAGAAAAAGAUUGGAUUGAUUCUAUUUUAAUUCAUGACUAUAAUUUUAUUGUUUACAGAUUUGAUUUGAGAGGACAUGGACGUUCAAGUGGUAGUCGAUUUUUUAUAAAUACUACGACUUUGACUAGUAGUAGUAAUACAGAAUUUCCAUAUCUACAAGAUUUACAUCAAGUGGUGAAUGAAAGAAUUCCAAUGCAUUUGAAACAUUUGAUGGGUGAAUCUGACAGUCAUUCACAACAAUUUGAUUCACAACAACUACCAAUAGUAUUCAUUGGUGAUCUAUUGGGAGGAUUACUUACAUUAAGAUUUGAACAAUUAUUAAGGAGUAGUAGUAGUAGUAGUAGUAGUAGUAGUCAUAGAUAUGAAUCAUCAUUACGAGACAACAAGUUAUUUCAUCACAUUUUAUUAUCAUGUCCAUUAGUAUCACCACAUCCUUAUCCUGAUGAUGAUGAAACUCAAUUUGAAAUAUCACCAGAGAAAAUGUUAUCACCUUCCAAAGAUUUAUUAAUGAGACUAAUUACCUAUUAUUUACCAUCUUAUCCAACUCAUUCAUUGUUACCACCCAUUGAAUACAUGAUGACAAGAAAGAGAAUUCAAAAAGUGAUCAAUGAUCCCUAUUACUACAAGGGUGCAUCUGUAUUUGCUGAAGAAGAAUUGUAUGAAUUAUUGAAUCGAUGGGUGAAUCCAUUGUAUUCAAAGACUGGUCAAGAAGACUCUACUCGUAGUAGUAGGAGUGGUGAUGGUAGUGGUGAUGGUAGUGGUGAUGGUAGUGGUGAUGGUAGUGGUGAUCAUGAUGGUAAGACUUGUGAUCCUAUGACACCUUCGAAAUAUACCAUUUCUGGAAUUGCUGGCAUUGAAUUAAGACAAAUGCCAAAUAUGUGGACAGUAUCAACAGCUAAGGCCAUUCUAUCCCUAUUGGAAGAGGUAAACAAAUCAGAAUCUCUUAAAUUGUUGAAAAGAGUGAAAAAUUUACUUGUUUUGCAUGGAAAGAAGAAUGUAUUGACACCAGUGAAUAAUUUAAAGAGAUUAAUUGUACUCUCGAGUUGUAAUGAAUGCUCAAGAAAAUUGAUUGAAUAUGAAAAUGCAAUGAUGGAUCUUUUAGAUGGAUCACCAUCUUCGUACAAAGUUGUGAGUGACAUUAACAAAUGGUUGGAGGAGAAUGUGUUACAAAAGAACACGUGA